GGCUUGCCAAAAUGGGCCGCAAACUGGGCGUUUUCCGCGCCGUAUACCUAGUCUCGGCUAGUUGUAUGGGCUCGUUUGCGUUUGCUUUUGAUACUGGUGUUAUCAGCGGUGUUCUCACUCUCAAAUCCUUCCAGAAUGACUUCCGCUACAGCUCGUCCCAACAAACAACCGUAAACUCCAACGCCGUCUCCAUCCUCCAAGCAGGCGCCUUCUUCGGCUGCUUCUUCACCAUGCCCAUCGCCGCGUAUCUCGGCCGUCGCGGCGGCCUAAUCCUCAGCUCAAUCGUUUUCUCCAUCGGUACAAUUCUGCAACUCAUCAACGCGCAUACACUGGGGACAUUCUACGCCGGUCGCGUAAUCGCGGGACUAGGAAUCGGUGCUGCGACUGUGCUGGUGCCCAUGUACGCAGCGGAGAUGUCGCCGAAGGAACUGCGUGGACGGCUGGGGAGUUGUUUCCAGUUGUUUUUCGCGCUGGGCGUUAUGGUUGCUUAUUGGGUGACUUUUGCGGUGAGUAAGGAUUAUGCAGAGUCGACGAAGCAGUGGCAGAUUGCGUUGGGGUUGCAGUUGUUACCAUCGACGCUGUUGUUAGCGGGAAUGUGUACUGUGUCUGAGAGCGCGAGGUGGUUGGCGGCGAAGGGGAGGACGGAGGAAGCUUGGAAAUCGCUGAAGUGGGUGCGCGGGGGUGAAGAGAAUGAUGCGCUUCGCGCUGAAUUCGAUGAGAUCCUCGCUGGUAUCCAGGAAGAAGCGCGCGUCCGCGACGGGUUCUCAUGGAAAGAGCUCUUCGUCCUCCCCGGGAACCGAUACCGUCUCUUCAUCGCAGUGACCAUCCAGCUCUGUGCACAGCUCACAGGAAACACCUCCCUAGCGUACUACGCAAACCAGAUCUUCGAAGCCGUGGGCGCCGGCAGCUCAUCAAAGCUAGUAACCGGGUUCUUCGGCGUCGUCAAAGUCGUCGGCGUCGUCAUUUUCCAGAUCUUCGUCAUGGACCGCAUCGGCCGUCGCGUACCCUUCAUGGUUGGCGCAUUCGCAAUGGGUUCUUUCAUGUUAAUCAUCGCCUGCGUGCUCGCCACACAUCCAACUAGCACUGACAACUCAGGCGCAACGAAAGCCGGCAUCGCAAUGAUCAUCAUGACCUAUGCAGAAGCGUUCAGUUUCAACAUGUCCUGGGGGCCGUUGCCCUGGUUAUAUGUGGGUGAGAUCUUCUCGAGUCGCACGCGUGAAGUUGGGGUUGCGGUGGGUGGUGCGUCACAGUGGUUGUUUAAUUUCAUGAUGAGCCAGGUGACGCCGCAUGCGAUUGAGAAUAUUGGGUGGAGGAUGUUUUUGAUGUUUGCGAUUUUUAAUUAUGCGAUUAUUGGGUAUUCGUGGUUGUUUUUGAAGGAGACCUCGAAUCACUCGCUGGAGGAAAUGCAGCAUGUCUUUGGGGAUGCGCCGAGGAAUAAGACGGAUGAAGAGGCCGAGACAGUGGAUGAGAUCGCCAAUGGGCCGAAGUCUAGUCCUCGCUAGGACCUUCCACAGUAUAUAUAGCUACCACUGGACAUCCAAUAAACAUCUUGAUGUAAAUAUUAAUAUCGGCAAUGAAGUCAUCUGGACCACAUCGGGACUAGUCCCUUUAUUGCAUACCGGAGUAUAUAACGCGGGGCAUCUCUACCACUAUACAAACUUCACCUACACCCUCAAUCCCCUCUACAUCAACCACAAUGGAAGACCUUAAACCUUUCGAAAACCCCAGCAUCGACGUACGCCUCCCCCUCAAGCCCCCAACACUCAACCCAAAUACUAACAGAGAAUGCCGGCGCAGCCCCCCGCCCUAACAGCCCUCGAAUCCUCCCCCUCCGUGCUCUUCCCAUCCUUCACCUCCAACAUAGCCUGGUCCCUAGGCCUCGCCCUCCGCACCCGAAUCCUCUCCCUC